GUGCACUUUAGGGCAGGCCAGCCUUUCUGCCCUCAAGCGCCCACCAGCGACAACAGGCCCAGGUAUUACCAGGCCAACCCCACCUCCUUCACGACCACCACCAUGGAUGCCGACACGGAAAUUUGUAUGUGCAUUGCGGUGGCAAUACAAGAUGGUCCCCAAGGGAAGAGUUUCGAGGAAGUCCGUAUAGAUGAUUACCUAAAGGCAUACUCCACAACAGGCCGUCCGCCCGCCCCGUGUCCCCAGAUACCCAUCGCAUCGCUCGAACGCGCCACCUUGGGCCUCCCACCGCUCUUCGAGCCCCAACGCCUCCCGAAGCAGAAAUCAGCAGCGUCACCCGAUUUCCAACUGUGGGAGCAGACGCGCGUGGCGGAGGAGUACUUUCAGUCGAUCGUGGCGGCUCCGAGGUAUGUUGGGUACAGCCCAGAGGAAUUGCGUUGUCAGGCGUAUGAAAAGGGAAAUAAAAUGCUACCUCCGUCCAUGGCGUCCCUGCAGGCUCCAGUCUUUUCCUUUGGCUUGGGAUCUCCAACCCAAAGUACCUUGCCGUCCACCUUGCCACUCAUCCAAAAUACAUUGCCGCCUAUCCAAAGCACAUUACCACUCCUUCAAAGUACAAUACUACUACCGCCCAUGCAAAGUACACUCGUGUCGGACACCAAUGGGGAAGUCUUUGCUAGCAUAACAGCCCAGAACGCCUAUUCGCAACAUAGUUUUGAACCACAGGAGCUGCACGUUGCAUAUCUUCUGGCUGGUAAAGAGAUGACAUCUACUGAGAUCAUGAGCGCGUCGGCGGUACCUGUGGUUCCUGCUCGGCCCGCACUUCGUCUGUUCUGAUUGUAGCAUCCUGCGCAUCGCCAUGUAUUAUGGUGCGAUCUGUAUUUCUAGGUGAUUUAUGGUGAAGGCGCGCGAAUAUACCAAUGUUGGGGGGGGAUGUUGACUUGGGCUGACCUUGGAACCCUAACAAUUUAUAUCGUUUUUGGAGACGUUUUGUGGUCAAACUAAACUCUGGUUUCGCUCUGAUUGAUUGUACACUGAACUAAGCAAGAGCUGACCUUUAUCACGCAUUGAUGAUGAUACUUGCAAUUCUUGCAACUGUCAUGUUUCCAAAAUUGUAGUCUUCAAGAUGCUCUUUCCUUAUUUUUCUGCCUGCGUGGAUAGACUGAACUUGGCGUUACUUUGUCGAGGGACGCUU